UUUCGCCAAUACCAGGUAAACAAGCGAACUACGCAGUGUAACACUCGUUAUCUGAUGUCAAUUCAACACAUAGCUUUUUAUUAAAAUUUAAAAGUCGCAUCGAUUAACCCUGAGAAAAAUAUCGAACACUGUGUGGACUGGGCAUAUUGAACACCCGGACAUUAAUUGUAUUCACUGAAAAAAAAUCUGGGACACAGACAGACGAAUACCCAGUUCAAACGAGAUCAUAUCAAGAUGAAAGGGUUAAAGAGAAGAUCUUCAUCAGGUCUCAAUAGCAAUUCCUAUAGGGUCCCUACAAAACAGAGAGGAGUUGACGAUUCAGAUUCGGAUACAGUUUCAGUCGCCUCCGAAGACUCUGGGAAAAGACCGCCGCGUAUGAGACGUAUGGUUACAAGAAAAAAUAGUUCCGGAAACGAAAAACCCUCUAUGCCAAAUAGACAGAGCACUAUGGGAGGAGUUGUAACCGCUUUUCUGGCACUUAGAUCUAGAACUAUUGUUAAAGAGACAAUUGAAGAGGAACCCCCUCCACCUCCACCUAGAAAAAUGUUAAGUGCGAAGCGAAGACUUGUAAAGAAAAGUUCUUCCACGGGUGACAUUUAUCCGUCUGCUGCAGUCUCUUUACGAAGAAAAUUUUCCGAGUCAAGGGCAGCAACUGCUCUGUAUUGAAGAGGAACUAUUAUACGAGGUCUUCCUCUGCUAACGGCAUAGCUACAUUAUAUUUAAUCAAAAUCAAGCUUUCCGUUUAAUGUUAGUGCCAUAUUAAAUAUGAAUGACGGUAUUACGCGUAGAGGCUUUAAGCUUAUAAACAGACACUCGGCAUUUACGGAUUUACUCGAAUUUGUAAAUGAAAAUUGAGAUAUAAACAAAUAACAUGGACAGCCUCACUAGGUCAGUUGACUCAGUAUUCAGGAUACAAGCUAAUGGUUAUUGAUUGGUGGAUUAAUUAUAUUGAUUUUCACUCGAGUUUUUAACUAGCUUGCAUUCAGAAGGAGGACUACAAUGUUUCACUUAUCUGUAGCAUAGCAAGCAACAUCGUCAGAAGGAAGUGUCUACGGAUCCGUUCCUCUAGACACGCCUGUUGGGGAUUAUCACCGAGUAUGGACCUCCUUUUUCCGCUUAUUGUUGGUUAUUUUCUCGGUUAUUUACGUUUUGAAAUAAAAUGUAAAAAAAAUCAAUUGCUCGAACCAUUUAGAUUCAAGUAUUGGGUAAAUAUCAAUUAAAUCUUAUUUCAUAUUUCAUUGGAUGUAAAUUACCCGACAACAUCUGGAAAAUGGAGGUCCGUAUUCUUAGAGAAUCUUUAAAAGGCUUGUCUAGUGGUACGGAUUCGUAUCUCUAGAAUCAUCUCAACCCAAGACACUUCCUUAUCAGGAAGAAAUGAAUGCAAGCCGAUUUGGGCUGAUUGCACUUAAUUAUUAUAACAAUCUAAACUCAUCAUACCACUUGUAUCAUUUAUUUCAUCAACCAUAUAAUUAUGUGUAGCUUGUCGUUAUAAAUGUAACAAGAUAAAUCCUUUCAGGGCCGCUUACUUCGAUCCUGGUUGUGUUCAUUACAUUGUCGGGUGUACGUGUCAAACUCUGUAUAUACUGUUUUUUCGACUUUUAACUCGAUGAAUCAAUAGUAGUUAGUGAGUUAGAAACCUUUAUUCUUUGAACUCUGUCGCAUUCAAACUCGAUAAAUAGUUGUUUUCUAGUGAAUUAGAAGUCCUUUUCUUUGAAUUCUGCCGCCUUAAUUGUAAUUUAGUGAAUUAGAAACAGUUGUUCUUUCAACCAACUCUGCCUCAUUAUAAUUCGAUAUAUCGUUGCUAUCUACAGAAUUUAUUUUUAAGCCUUUUUUCGUCGAAUUCUGCCGCAAAUAAACUCGAUAAAUUAUUGCUAUAUAGUGAAUAUUUAUCAUUUUGUCAUAAGACAGUCCAUUCUGAUAUGGGAAACGUUUAGUCUUCCAGCUUUGCCAACUUAAACCCCGAGAAUUUCAUGUAAUGUAUUGUCUGUACACUGCAACAGGUUAUUAACAUAAACAUGUAAAACGAAACACCUUAGAACUCGAGAAUUUAGAAUUUCUUGUAUUGUUUGAAGACUGUUAACAAGAAUAUGAGAGACAUUUCAUCUUUCAUUUCUAUCGCCUUAAAACUCGAGAAAUGUGUAUUUCUUAAACCGUUUGGAGACUGUAAGUAUAAAUAUGAGAAACAUAGUCUUUCAACUGUUUUAAUCUUAAUUUGAUCUAACCCAUUAUAAUGCAGGCAUUUCUCAUGUGAACUGGUCCAAUGUUCAUAAAACAUUUUUCGAUAUCAUUUGAGUUUGAGACUGAAAUUCUAAUAGCAAAUUUUACUAGACCUUCAAGCUGAGACUGACUAUCAGUUCUUGAUAGUCACUUAGAAUUAGUCGUUAACUUAACAUAUAGUUUUAAACAUGCAGUUUAUAUAUAAAUGACAGAUAAAGUUUCAUCAAAUUCAGCUGAGACUGAAAUUGUUUUGUGAACAUGGGUCCAGGACUAUGAAAAAAACGUUGAGAAUACUUCUUAUUUUGUCUUAUCUUCAGGUACUGAUAUGAGAAACAUACUAUUGUGAAAAUGUCAUGAAUAUAAUUAUAUCAAAAAACGAAUAAAAUAUUCCAUUCCUUU